UUAACUUUUAAGGUUGCUCUCAAAGUCUGAAACUUGGGACCUUGCUGCAUUAUAAUGGACAGUUUCACUCCACUAGCAGAGGUGGAGCUGUUCGAGAAGAUUCAAAAGCUAGAAGAGGACACGCCCAACUCAUGCAUGAAAUGUCCCAGCUCAACCGUUCCCGCCGGAUCAUUGCCCAAAACUAGCGGUGCCGGUCGACUGCCGCCAAGUUUCAAGUUGGGUGACCGGCAGUAUCUCAACGUAUUGCAGUCAGUUGGGCAGUCUGUGCAUGUAAUGGAUCGUAGUGGUCUUAUAAUCUACUGGAACACAAGUGCUGAAGAUCUGUUUGGAUAUUCUACAGAAGAGGCACUUGGAGAGUUUCCCAUGAAGCUUUUAGUAGAUACCCGGGACUAUGGUCUAGCAUAUAAUAUAAUCCACGGUGUUAGCCAGGGGGAUAUUUGGACUGGGCAGUUCACUGUAAGAAAGAAAUCGGGGGAGAGGUUUACAGUCAUUGCAACAAAUAGUCCAUUCUAUGAUGAUGCUGGCAGUAUAAUUGGCAUUGUUUGUACGUGUACUGAUUCUUCGUGCUUUUAUGAUAUGAGGGUGCCAAUGUCAGCUGAGAAGCAAGCACAGCAAGAUUUAAGCUUCAGCAGUCAUGGGGCUAGUGUUACAACUAAACUUGGUAUUGACCCUCAGCAGCCUUUUGGAAAAGCAGUUUCAUCAAAACUAACAAACUUGGUUAGUCUUGUUGUUGUUAUGUUCAUCUGAUUCAUGAUGUAGCAGCAGCUGUGUUUUUUUAUUGUUAUAAUCAUUAAACAGGCAUUGAAGGUGAGUAACAAAGUCAAGUCAAAGAUUCAGGCGAGAGGAAAGUACAUGGAUCCCAAUGGCGAGACUGUAGAGUCAUAAUCCGUUUCAUGGUUCCAAUUCUGUGCCAUCUGCCAUUAGGGAGGAUGGUAUUGCAAGUGGGACUAGCACAAUUAUAGGAACUAUAACACCAGAAACUCCGUUUGGUGUAUUUAACCAUGUGGAGUGAAAGCCUCUCCGAGAACCCUCCAUAGAAUCUGCCUGUGAGAGAAGAAAAAUCUUUGAUUCACAAGAUAAUAACUUCAAAGGCAGAAGCAUGGAUUAGCAAGCGAAGAAUAUCAUGGCCUCGGAAAGGAAAUGAGCAAGAUGGGUCAGUGGCUAGGGCCAGUGGUUUUGCAUGGCCCUGGUUGCAUAAUGAUCAAGUCAGUGUUGCCGUUCCUCAGAAAAGUUAUUGUGUUGCAAAUCCAGAAAUUCAGGUGAGUGAAGAUAAUCGACCAACAUGUAAUAAUAAUAAGUCUCAGGGAUCCUGGACCUCUCCGUUGGAUAUUAUCACCACAAGCCGUGCCAUCAGCCUUAGAAGUACAGGAAGUAGUGCUUUGACUAAGGUGGAUGUGGACACUGACUGCCUGGAUUAUGAAACGGAAGACAUGAUAAUUGGAGCACAGAUUGGGCAAGGUAAUAGCAUUUCUAGUGAUAGGAGCAUGCUGGUAAUACAUAUUGUUCAUUGCUGCAACUGUUCAAUUUCUGCUACAAUAGCUGUAAUGAGUCUUCAAAUGGAUAGAGAUUCUCUUGGACAACUGCUGUUUGAAUAGCAUAUUGGUACUGAUCAAGAAACAUUCAUGGUGACCAACAGUUUAAAAUUACCUGUCCUUAAUUGUUUUGGUAUGUUAGAAUUGAUCAUCUCAACCUAACAAAUUUUUUUCAUAUACUUGUGGAUUUCACUUGUGAUGCAGUAGGAAUUGGUUAAGUUUCCUUCUGAUAUAGGUUUGCGGCUUCCAUUUGCCGUUUCUUGUGGAACUGUAUACCAUGGUCAGUGGGAUGGAUCAGAUGUUGCAAUUAAGGUGUUCUCCGAGCUUGAUUAUUCAGACGAUUUGUUAAAUUCGUUCAGACAAGAGGUGAGCUUCUUUAUACUUACUAUUUGUACUAAGUAACCAGUAUCAUAUGAGAUUUUGACUCGAUGAAUAUAGGA